AGGAACGGCGAUUCUGCGUUCUUAAGUUCAGCACGCUCGCUCUAUCACAAUUGAGGAAAACUGGGAAACCACACACAGCAGAGGAGCGCGCGUGGUGACCAGACUUGUUGCCCCCCCAAAGACAUCCGACUACCUCGGGAAUCGACGUUGAAGACGCUCGGCGCACAAGGACCGUUCUUGCUUACGAGAGACACACCUUGAUCUUGCUUGGUUGGACGGAGAGAAAACAUCAUGGUCCACGAUCCCACGCAGCAGUUUGGUGAGGCAUCGGUAUUUGUCAACCCACGAAGAAGGGGCGGGAUAAACUACGCGGCAGAUUCAGCGGAGGCUAAGUGGGCGGCGGAGGCCGCGGCUCAGCCAUGCCGGGAAGACACGCGCGGACGCGUAAGUGUCGAUCAAGAAGCAGAGGUCGGCGCGGAAAUGCUGCGGAUGAUGAAAAUGUGGUCCUUCAAUGGCGGUCCCGGCGCACACGCCGGCCAGGAGGCACCAGUGGGUCAACACUCAUGAUGUCGUCGAUACAUGCUGGAGGCGGCCUGGCCUGGCUGGCUUCAUUUAGCCGGGCUUAGACACACCACAAACAAUCUUUGGACGCAAGCAGGUUUAGAGAAAUUUAGCGGCGUGUCUGUAUUCAUGUGGUCGAAGCGACACAUUCUCCUUCCAUACAUACUGCAAUUUCCCCCCCAUAUGGUCUCCGACCCUGAGGCUAGAGUGAAGGUGACGCGGUGGUUUUUUCGCUUGUCUGUUUGCCUGUUUUUUUUUUUUGUGAGUGUGUGUGUGUCCAAGUCCAGAGUGGCCUGUUACGUAAUCUUUCCUAUCUCCAGAUGGAAGUACUGCACCCGAGGUCGCGCAUGCCAUCGGCGCAUUUGUACCGCUUGCAGCUUUCUUUUUUAUCGAAUUUUGUAUGUUUCCGGUGUUCCGCUUUGACCACUUUGGUGUGUGUGCACGAGUAGGGUUGACUCGCUGCCCUUGACUACGAGGGACAAGGAUGGUGUGUGCUAGUCGAGCGUUCUGAACACGAGAGCUUAACAAGAGAGUGAGUUGAGCGUGGGAGAGCUGUUGAUAGGUGUAAGUAAUGGCUGUGGAAGUUACUAUGAAGCGGCAGGCGGCGGCGAGUUUUUGGUUAUGGGCAGAUGGGUGUAUGUGGGUUGGCCGUGGUGACGUGGAUCGAUGUGUUACAGAAUUACAGAGUGGCGCCGUGUGAGAGGGUAUUAUCGACAAUGAGGUGCUUCACGCACGUGGUAGCCUUGGUUCCGAACCUUGGCACGCAGGGUCUUCCUGGCGUGAUCGAUUCUAUUUUAUGCUUGUAUUGUACUUGUUUUGUUUUUUUUGUGUGUGGGUAAGGACGUGGGGAAGAAGGGGGUCGUUGGAAAGGGCGCCUUUCUUAUGUCACGCGGCAAUCACAUCGCCUGGCGAUAAUACACGCUUGGACCUGCACCCAGUGCAAGUAGAGUGUUGUGAGGAGUGUCACAUCUAAGCGUUCUCCAUGACUGGCUCGAAAGCUCCUGGCUUCGGCCGGGUCCUCCAUUUCGCCAGUUUUUUUUAUUGUACAAUAGUGGGCUCAUUGUUCGAUGAUGAUGUGCGUCCGAGUCGUCCCGGGGUAUCACCUGUUGCCGGUGUGGGGCAAGUCGAAUCGUUUGAUGUAUGUGCCUCGUUGGCUGCAAGUAACAUGUAUCCUUGUGGCGAAUGUCUAUGGAUUCUCACGCCUUCCACCCACCAAAGAGGUGCGACCCUCUGUGGUGUUUUCGUGGACGGGAUGAGAAUAAGUAGGAAACGGAAAUCGCGUGGUUUGUGUUGUGCACCGGGCACCCCGGUGACGAUGUAGUUGGUCACCCCGAAACCCUUCUAGCGGCCGGGUCGAGAGUGCCAGUGUCGGGAAAUGUUUGUUCGGGGAUAUAUAUAUACUUCGGGGCAUGGGCAGAAGCACCGGCAGAACUAUAUCUGUGUUGAAAGACUAGGGCACGCCGGGCAGAGGGUUGUGUGUUUGACCGACCCCGUGCCGGACUUGUACAUUAGUUGGGAGAAGCAAAAGCGUACGGCACAAUCGUUGGAAACUCCGAGUAGGGGUUGGCAACCGGGAUGAUGAGACUGGGUGCAUGUUCUAGUCGCCCUGAGUUGAGUGUCCAGAAGUCAUCCCAAAAAAGGCAUUUUACUGACACAAACGGCGGUACUUGAUGGAUACAGUACUGUGAGCAUUUUUGGUUUCCAUUUUCGUGCAGAUUAGGCCAUUUGUUACGAUGUCGUUUUUUCAAAAAAUGACAACUGGCCAAAUAGCCCCGUGUUACAACGUCGUUUUUUGCUAAAACAUGAACCUUUUUUGACAGCCUAUCCCACGGGGCUAUUUGGCCAGUUGUCAUUUUUAAAAAAAAGGACAGCCUAAAAAAAGACAUCGUAACAAAUACACCACGUUUGUCCUGUCAUCGCAUCCAAAUCAGCAUGUCAUGCCCCGCCAUUCAGGAGGACGAAUGGGACAGAGGGCCAACCCUGUUAAUAAUGUCUCCGAUGGGCAUUGAGUACGAGGACGGUUAUGGGCGUCCUUCUGUUCUUCGACCGCUCUGUCGUGGUACAUCCUUUCGAAAAGAGGACAGACUAACCGUCUCACCCAAUCUACAUGUAAGACUGCCCCGCAAAUGUUGAGCGGGAGAUGGCAACAAGUUUUCGAUUUGAAGUUGGAUUGCCGGAGGGCGCACGUAACAAGGGAACCCAGCCACCGCUUGGCUAGCACUUUCAAGUUAUCUCCCUGAGUCCCACCUCAUGAACAAACAUCGUAUGCAUACGCUUAUAGAUUUGUUUGUGUUGCCCUCUCGGACGGACUGCUUUUCUAGAAUACUCUAGCAUGUUUCCCCCGACUACGCGUAACCGGGCGGGGUGGCAAGUAACAACACGAGAUUCUUGCCUCAGUCUUUGCACAACCGAGCCCUUGUUCUUGAACUCCAAGCCGCUCGAAAGGAACUGUGAAAUCCCUGAAGAAGAUAUGAUACUCCUGCAAUGACGCGAAACGCGGAACAGGUAUGGUUUGUUCCUCUCUUUCGCUGCUGUCCAAGCGCUAGUCUCUCCCCACUUAGCAAGUUCGAGUGUCAGGUUUUGACGUGCCCAGUGUGCUACAGCAUCCACCGUAGCAGACGGCUUGUUCUCACAACGAGGGAAGCUCGUCGAUGACCCCCCUAUGUACGCAUCCACGGGCAUUUACCUCUGCUUGUUAGUGCUCUUGAGGGGUGCAGUUGUCAACGCUGCCCUCCGAGGACGGACUAACACAACAUGGCAAGGCAAGAGGGGCGCGCGCUGGUUUGGUUUGCCCCUAUCCCCUCCUUCCCGGCGCUAUAAUAGUGCUGCCGCGGUAGCACAUGCGCCGAUGACACCCCCCGCAGAGCGUAGUCCAGUGAGAACCCGGCGU